CCACUCCUUCAACCGAUCCUGCCGUGACGCCUCCAUUGUGUGCGCAGCGGCAGCGGCUCCCGGCGACUGUUGUAUCCGGCCGGCGCCUUUUUCUCCUCCUCCUCCUUCCUUCCCCCUCCCCUUUUCCCGUAGAAACUGCUGUGGCCGCCGCCGCCGCCUCUCCCGCUUCUCCUUUUUCUUCAGCCGGGCGUCCCCCGCUUCGCCGCCUCAUCUUCGGUGUCUCCCCCUCCCUUUCACUCGAUGACGCGAUGGCAACGGCCAACUUCGGCAAGAUCCAGAUAGGGAUCUACGUGGAGAUCAAGCGCAGCGAUGGUCGAAUACAUGAAGCUAUGGUAACAUCUCUAAAUGAGGAUAAUGAAAGUGUUACUGUAGAAUGGAUUGAAAAUGGUGAUACUAAAGGAAAAGAGAUUGACUUGGAGAGUAUAUUUUCACUUAACCCAGACCUAGCUCCUGAAGAAGAUGAUCCUAGCCCAGAGACUCCUCCACCUCCCACACCUUUAGCAAAAGUAAACAAAAUUGUCAAGAAUCGAAGAACUGUGGCUCCUUCUAAAAUUGAAACUCCUGCUAGAGACAACAGAGUGAUUGGUUCUGCACGUGCACGACCUACUCAGCUUCCUGAGCAGUCAUCAUCUACACAACAGAAUGGUAGUGUUUCAGAUAUAUCUCCAGUUCAAGCUGCAAAAAAGGAAUUUGGACCCCCUUCACGUAGAAAAUCAAAUUGUGUGAAAGAAGUUGAAAAAUUGCAAGAAAAGCGUGAAAAACGAAGAUUACAGCAACAGGAAAUUAGAGAGAAACGAGCACAGGAUGUAGAGGCCACAAAUCCAAAUUAUGAAAUCAUGUGUAUGAUCAAAGAUUUCAGAGGAAGUUUGGAUUAUAGACCACUAACAACUGCAGAUCCUAUUGAUGAGCACAGGAUAUGUGUAUGUGUUCGAAAACGACCACUCAAUAAAAAAGAAACUGUAAUGAAAGACCUUGAUGUCAUAACAAUUCCAAGCAAAGAUGUUGUGAUGGUACAUGAACCUAAGCAAAAAGUAGAUUUAACAAGGUACUUAGAAAACCAAACGUUCCGAUUUGAUUAUGCCUUUGAUGACAGCGCCCCUAAUGAAAUGGUCUACAGGUUUACUGCCAGACCACUAGUGGAAACCAUAUUUGAAAGAGGAAUGGCUACAUGUUUUGCAUAUGGACAAACAGGCAGUGGAAAAACUCAUACUAUGGGUGGUGACUUUUCAGGAAAGAACCAAGACUGUUCAAAAGGAAUUUAUGCACUUGCUGCUAGAGAUGUCUUUUUAAUGUUGAAGAAGCCAAAUUAUAAAAAACUGGAACUUCAAGUAUAUGCAACGUUUUUCGAGAUUUAUAGUGGAAAGGUUUUCGACUUACUGAACAGGAAGACCAAAUUAAGAGUUUUAGAAGAUGGUAAACAGCAAGUCCAGGUGGUGGGAUUACAUGAGCGAGAGGUUAAAUGUGUUGAAGAUGUUCUAAAACUUAUUGAGAUAGGCAACAGUUGCAGAACAUCUGGCCAAACAUCAGCAAAUGCACACUCAUCUCGAAGUCAUGCAGUGUUUCAGAUCAUCCUCCGGAGGAAAGGGAAGCUACAUGGUAAAUUUUCCCUAAUUGACUUGGCUGGAAAUGAAAGAGGAGCUGAUACUUCCAGUGCAGAUAGGCAAACCCGACUAGAAGGUGCUGAAAUUAACAAGAGCCUUUUAGCACUCAAGGAGUGCAUCAGAGCCUUAGGCCGAAACAAACCUCAUACUCCGUUUAGAGCAAGUAAACUUACUCAGGUCUUAAGAGAUUCAUUCAUUGGAGAAAACUCUCGCACCUGUAUGAUUGCUACUAUUUCUCCAGGGAUGGCAUCUUGUGAAAACACUCUAAAUACAUUAAGAUAUGCAAAUAGAGUAAAGGAAUUUGGAAUUAGUCCUUCGGACAUUCCCUUCUCACAGAGUAGUGGCAGUCGCUCUGAUCUCUCUCCUUCCUAUGAGUAUGACGACUUUUCUCCUUCAAUCACCAGAGUCAAGGAACUAACAGUUGAUCCCAGUGCUCCUGGUGACAUCCGUCCCAUCAUGCAUCACACUCCAAAUCAGAUUGAUGACUUGGAUGCACAGUGGGGUGUUGGGAGCUCACCUCAGAGAGAUGAUCUUAAACUACUUUGUGAACAAAAUGAGGAAGAAGUUUCACCACAGUUAUUCACUUUUCAUGAAGCAGUGUCACAGAUGGUGGAAAUGGAAGAACAAGUAGUAGAAGACCACAGAGCUGUCUUCCAGGAAUCAAUUAGAUGGUUAGAAGAUGAAAAAGCGCUCCUGGAAAUGACAGAAGAAGUAGACUAUGAUGUAGAUUCAUAUGCUACACAACUUGAAGCAAUUCUAGAACAAAAAAUUUACAUUUUGACAGAACUUCGAGAUAAAGUGAAGUCCUUUCGCACAGCAUUACAAGAAGAAGAACAGGCUAGUAAACAAAUCAAUCCGAAGAGACCACGUGCCCUUUGAGGCGAACCUCUGCUGCUAAAAGAUGCCUGAAUCUUCAUUGCUAUACCAUGCAGCUGGUUGGAAAUGAAGUAGUAAGAAGUCUCAUCUACUUGAAAGAUCUAAAACUUUUGAAGUGUCUGUAGAAAUGUUCCAUUUCUUCCUCUCCCAGCCAACAUUUCAGUUGUGUGGAACGCUCCUGAAUGUCUGGAAAAUGCAUCUAGACCAGAUAGCACAACCAGGCAGGUUUGGGAGCUGGGAAGCACUUUUGUUUCAAAUGUUUUAACGUACCCAAAAUUGUGAAUCCUUUAUGUUUUGGAAAUCUUUGCCAAUUUUUUUAAAAAAAUAAUGAAGUACAAUGGUGGACUUGUAAAAACUUCACAGAAUUUUGUUUCAUUUAGUCAAGUUGUUGCAAAGAACAGCUGUGCAGUUUUGUAUUUGUAUGCAUGCCCACCUCAUCAGUGAUUGUAUAUACCUCUUCUUCUAAACAGCUGUGCUUACCUCUACGUGUUUUGUGCCUUGAUCAAGGCAACCUGAUCUUAAAUGUCCUUUCUAAAGCACAGCCUUAAUAAAUGCCACUCUUUAUUUGUCAAUGUAAAUUACUUUUGCUUUUUGUACAUUUUAAUGUGUGUUGUUUUCUUUUUCUUUUUGUGACUAGUUCUUCAUUUCAUAGUUAUGUGCCAUAUCAUUGAUCUGGAAUUAAAAACUGUCACUGUGGAU